AAACAAAAAACCAAACCAAAGGAGAACUCCACUGCCCAUUUACUGUCGAGUGGCAUGAUAUCAUUACCAUCCUAUGUACUUAUGCCUGAAUGCUAGUCAACAAUGCCGAGGAUUCAUGCUCUAUAAAUCCUCACAGUAAGCCACUUGGAUGGAUCUGGCACAUCAUACAUCCUGGAAGAAGGAAGCCACAUUAAGAAACUUGCAGUAUGUUUUCAACUGCACAGCUCCGUAUCAACUGUAUUGCUUAGGGAUGCGUGUCCUACAGCAUUGCCCAGGGAGCAAUGAGAAGCAGGCUAGAUUUCCCAGAUUUCAUUAUCAACCGCCUUCAGUUGCCAUGUUUUACACCUGUAGGCCAAAGGGUGCCCAUCUGCUUUGGCCCCAUUUCUUAUUUUGACUCCUGCACCAGGAGGUCAAAAUCCUAGCCAUGCGAAAGACCUUCUUUACCUAGGCCCUGGCUCAUGGUAACCAAAUCUGAGUAUUGGAGGUUACUGGGAGCUCGCAUGUGUGCUGUGUGUGUGUGUGUGUGUGUGUGUGUGUGUGUGUGUAGCAGGCUUCUCCACCAGAAAACGGUAGCGUCAAGGCAGAGAGUAUUUAAUGCGGGAAACAUAAGUUUAUCGUGUCCAAAGUUUCCACCCAGCAGUAAACAAUUUGCAACACACUGCAAAGUGCCAGGGAACAAGCCCAGCUCAGGGAGAGGCCGCGAUAGGUCUAUUUGAUACACAGGGUGAGGUAGGGAUUCGAGUUGUUUUCAUUGGCUAGGUGGCUGGGAGCCUCAGCAGCGUCCUGGAUGAACUGUCAUUCUCCCUGACUUGGGAAGCCCUUGAUUACUUUGUAACACACUCUGUGGAAGUUAUUUACUCGCCUCAGACUCUGCCUCUGGGCUGUGUCUUGUGUUCCAGAGACACGGUACCAGAAUAUUUAAAUCACUGUGGCGUUAAAUACGUUUUAAUAUCUGAUAGGGCCAGUUUCUGCGCAUUGCACUUUUUUUUCCUUUCAGGAACGUGUUCGGGCCCGCGGCAGGGGGCGGGGUCGCGCCUCCGCCUCGGCUCUGGUUCCAGCCGAGCCUCACCGACGCCGAGAUGGAAAUCCCGAGGCUGCUCCCGGCUCGCGGGACACCACAGGGCGGCGGCGGCGGCGGCGGCGCCGGCUGCUGCCCGGCGGGUGGCGGCGGGGUCCACCGAGCCCCGGACUCUCUGGCCUGUCAGGCCCCCACGCGCCGCCUCCUACUGCUCCGGGGGGCCCAAGAUGGCGGGCCGGGGCCGCGGAGCGCAGAGGCCCAGAGGGCCUCACGGGGCCUGGGCCCGAGCCUGAGCCGGUUGGCGCCGAGGCCGGAUCACCGGAGCGGCGGUGGAGGCGGCGGCGGCGGCGGCGGUGGAGGCGGCGGCGGCAGAGGAGGAGGCGGCGGCGGCGGAGGAGGCGGCGGCGGCGUUGGCGGCAGCGGCGGCAGCCGCAGCGACGACUUCUUCCUGUUGCUGCUUGACCCGGUGGGUGGCGACGUAGAAACAGUGGGCACGGAGCAGGCCGGAGGGCCUGUGUGGAGGGAGGAGGCCGAGGCAGGCCCGGGGCCCGAGCGGCGCCAGAGCGGUGCGAACCCAGCGGGCCGGCCCGAGCCGGGCCCCCGCUGCCUGUCGGCGGUGCCGGCUGCGUCCCCCCUUCCCGCGGCCGGCCCCGGCCCGGGCCCGGGCCCGGGCCCGGCGGCAGCGGCGGCCUUCGCGGGCACCAUCACUAUCCACAACCAGGACUUGCUGCUGCGCUUUGAGAACGGCGUCCUCACCGUGACCACGCCCCCGCUGCCCGCCUGGGAGCCGGGGGUCGCGCCGUUCCCGCAGCCGCAGCCGCAGCCGCAGCCGGGGGCACUGAUCGCCCCGCAGGCCGCCGGCUUUCCGCCCGCCGCUGCCGCCGCGGCGGCGCAGCUGGGCGACUGCCCCGAGCUGCCACCGGACCUCCUGCUGGCGGAGCCGGCGGAACCGGCGGCCGGCCCGGCGCCUCCGGAGGAGGAGGCCGAGGCCCCGGCCGCCGCCCAGAGCCCCCGCGGGCCUCUGGUCCCGGGCUCGGGCGUGGUGCUGUACCUGUGCCCGGAGGCGCAGUGCGGACAGACCUUCGCCAAGAAGCACCAGCUCAAGGUGCACCUGCUGACGCACAGCAGUAGCCAGGGCCAGCGGCCCUUCAAGUGCCCCCUGAGCGGCUGCGGCUGGACCUUCACCACGUCUUACAAGCUCAAGAGACACCUGCAGUCGCACGACAAACUGCGGCCAUUUGGCUGCCCCGUGGAGGGCUGUGGCAAGAGCUUCACCACCGUGUACAACCUCAAGGCGCACAUGAAGGGGCACGAGCAGGAGAACUCCUUCAAAUGCGAGGUGUGUGAGGAGAGCUUCCCCACGCAGGCCAAGCUCAGCACCCACCAGCGCAGCCACUUCGAGCCCGAGAGGCCUUACCAGUGUGCGUUUUCUGGCUGCAAGAAGACGUUCAUUACUGUGAGUGCCCUGUUUUCUCAUAACCGCGCCCAUUUCAGGGAACAGGAACUCUUCGCCUGCUCCUUCCCCGGCUGCAGCAAGCAGUAUGACAAGGCUUGCCGGCUCAAGAUCCACCUGCGGAGCCACACCGGGGAGAGACCUUUCCUUUGUGACUUCGAUGGCUGUGGCUGGAACUUCACCAGCAUGUCCAAACUCUUAAGGCACAAGAGGAAGCACGAAGACGACCGCAGGUUCACCUGCCCAGUAGAGGGCUGUGGGAAGUCCUUCACCAGGGCCGAGCACCUGAAAGGCCACAGCAUAACCCACCUGGGCACGAAGCCUUUCGUGUGCCCCGUGGAAGGCUGCUGCGCCAGGUUCUCUGCUCGCAGCAGCCUCUAUAUCCACUCCAAGAAGCACUUGCAGGACGUGGGUGCGUGGAAAAGCCGUUGCCCGGUCCCCACCUGUAACAAACUCUUCACGUCCAAGCACAGCAUGAAGACCCACAUGACCAAAAGGCACAACCUCAGCCAGGACCUCUUGGCCCAGCUCGAAGCUGCCAACUCUCUCACACCCAGCAGUGAACUCACCAGCCAGGGGCAGAACGAUCUCAGUGGUGCCGAGCUCGUGUCUCUCUUCUCGGAUGUGCCUGGCCACAGUUCGGCUGCGGUGCUGGACACGGCCUUGGUCAACUCUGGCAUCUUGACUAUUGAUGUGGCCUCUGUGAACUCGACCCUCGCAGGAAGUCUCCCUGCCGACAGUAAUAAUAGCAACCAUUCCUUAGGGCAAGCGGUGGACCCCCGGGCCUUGAGGGGCCCCCCCAGUGACCUUCCCCAGAGUCUGGAUACCUCUCUCUUCUUCGGAACCUCGGUGGCCGGUUAUCAGCACAGCCCCUUAGACAUGGACGAUGUCUCCGCUGGGAACGUGGGGCUCUUUGGCUCCUUGGCUCUGAAAAACUCAAGCCUGGAGACCCAGGCUUUGACACCCAGCAAUAAGUUAACCGUGGACACGGAAGCUCUGACUCCCUCCAGCACCCUUUGUGAAAACAGUGUCUCCGAGCUACUGACCCCAGCCAAAGCCGAGUGGAGCGUGCACCCCGAAUCUGACUUCUUUGGGCACGAGGAAGAAACUCAGUUUGGAUUCUCCCAUCCAACAGGAAGCCAUGGGUCUCAGAAAGAGACAGAUCUUAUCACGGUGACCGGCACCCCGUUUUUGGUAUGAACCGACUCUGCCUGUUCUCUGCCUGCCCUGUGGCUCACUUUU